CCCCUCGGAGUCCCACGCGCGACGAGCGCGCCAUGAGCCCGGGCCAGAGCGCCGGCGGCGACGCGCGUAAGGGCGGCCCGGCGGGCGGCUGCGGCGGCGGGGGGUACCCCGCGACGACAGCCGGGGCCUGGGCGGUGAGCGCGCUGUGCCUGCUGCUCUCUGUGGGCUCGGCGGCCGCCUGCCUGCUGCUGGGCGCCCAGGCGGCCGCGCUGCAGGGCCGGGUGGCGGCGCUCGAGGAGGAGCGGGAUCUGCUGCGGCGCGGGGGGCCGCCGGGCGACCUGGCUGCCUGGGCCGAGCCGCACCUGGAGCGCCUGCUGCACGAGAAGUUGGAGGGACUGGUCAAGCACCGGACGGUUCGGGAAGCGCCGACCGAGUGUGUCUGCCCCCCAGGACCCCCCGGACGGCGCGGCAAGGCUGGAAGAAGAGGCGACCCUGGUCCUCCUGGGCAAUCAGGACGAGAUGGCUACCCGGGGCCACUGGGUUUAGAUGGCAAGCCGGGACUUCCAGGCCCCAAAGGGGAAAAGGGUGCACCAGGAGACUUCGGCCCCCGGGGAGACCAAGGGCAAGACGGAGCUGCUGGGCCUCCGGGGCCCCCUGGACCCCCUGGGGUCCGAGGCCCUCCUGGCGACACUGGGAAAGAUGGCCCCAGGGGAGCACAAGGCCCAGAGGGUCCCAAAGGAGAGGCUGGACGAGACGGCGAGAUGGGCCUGAAGGGACCCCCAGGGCCCAAGGGUGAGCCUGGCAUUCCUGGAAAGAAGGGAGAUGACGGGACGCCAAGCCAGCCAGGGCUCCCUGGACCCCCAGGGCCCAAGGGCGAGCCAGGGAGUGUGGGGCCUCCAGGAGAAAACGGUGUGGACGGCACCCCAGGGCCAAAGGGAGAGCCUGGCCAGCAAGGUGCCGAUGGAGCCACAGGGCUGCGGGGUCCCCCAGGCCUCAAGGGCGAGCAAGGAGACACAGUGGUGAUUGACUACGAUGGCAGGAUCUUGGAUGCCCUGAAGGGUCCUCCCGGGCCACAGGGGCCCCCAGGGCCACCAGGGAUCCCCGGAGCCAAGGGCGAGCUGGGACUGCCUGGUGCCCCGGGAAUCGAUGGAGAGAAGGGUCCCAAAGGAGCUAAAGGCGACCCAGGAGAGGUGGGGCCGGCCGGACCCAAAGGGGAGGCAGGCGAGAUGGGCCUGUCGGGCCUCCCGGGCGCCGACGGCCCCAAGGGGGAGAAGGGAGAGUCGGCAUCUGACAACCUACGGGAGAGCCUGGCUCAGAUCAUAGUGGAGCCAGGGCCCCCAGGCCCUCCUGGUCCCCCAGGCCCCAUGGGCCUUCAGGGAAUCCAGGGUCCCAAGGGCUUGGACGGAGCAAAGGGAGAGAAGGGCGUGUCAGGGGAGAGAGGCCCCAGCGGCCUGCCUGGGCCAGCUGGCCCGCCGGGCCUUAUUGGACUGCCAGGAACCAAAGGAGAGAAGGGACGACCCGGGGAGCCAGGCCUGGAUGGUUUCCCUGGACCCCGAGGAGAGAAAGGUGACCGGAGUGAACGUGGAGAGAAGGGGGAGCGAGGAGUCCCGGGCCGGAAAGGUGUGAAGGGCCAGAAGGGUGAGCCGGGACCACCAGGCCUGGACCAGCCGUGUCCGGUGGGCCCUGAUGGGCUGCCCGUGCCUGGCUGCUGGCAUAAGAGCAUGGCCUGGCCCAGCCCUGGAACAAUCAGCACGUGGAGCUGGCAGGAAAGGGGACGGGCCGGUCCAGGGUAAUUGUGUACCCAAGGGGCAGCCAUGGGACUUGGCUCUCCUGGGAAGGAGACGAAGGUGAAAGUGCCUGGCUCAGGAGGGGCUGCAGAGAUGCUGGGUUGGGCCCUCAGCCACCUGAUUAGCAGAGAGACUGUCCCCUGAGGUUCUGGAGCCCUGGGGCCCACCCCAUCCAGAAAGGUCCGGGGCUUGGAUGACAAACGCAGCUGCCCCAGCUUCUCUGGCCUCUGGACUUGGCCACAGCCAGCUGCCCGCCCCUUGGGGCACCUCUGGGCCUUGGCUUCACCGGGACAGGACAAGAUUUCUGCCCGGCACUUGCAGCUGGAUGCUGCAAGCUUUGGGGAGCACGCCGCGCCCCCACUCCCACCAAGCUCAGUGGGCCUCAGGAAGCUAGCCUGUCAUAAGAACACGUGCCUCUGGCCCGGAGGAGACCACCACCCGUGGACCCAGCUGCAAGGAGCCUCUCGAUCCUCGAGUGUGGAGGACGGCGGGUCCCAGACUGGAGUGGCUGCUGCACCCAGAAGAGGGUCAUGAUGGGACUUUGCCAGCCCAAGGAGACUGGCCCGCAGCUCAGAGUUGAGGUCUCCUCUUGCCCCCACCCGGGAGAGCUCCGGUCAGCCUGCCAGAAAUGGUCCUUCGGAUGAGCUGUGCAGACGAAGAAGGCGUGGGUGGAUUCCCGGCCAGCCUGAGCAGGGGGUCUGCAACCCCAGCCACCGUGCUCUGAGGAGAGGCUCCCCCACCUCUGACAGGGGCUCCCAGCUGUCACCCCCAGCCCAGAUGCUUGCCUCCUUUCUCUGUAUAGACGGUUAUCGCUGCGCGUAAUAAACCACAGUGUGUGUCUGGGUGUGCCUGUCCUUGCAGACUGCCCCUGAGCACCUCUGGGCAAGGUUUCAGCCUGGCCUUUGCUGGCUGGGCAGGUACAAGGGACAAUUCCUGGGUCAGAGCCUGCCCUUCCCCCCCAGAAACCAGAGGAA